AAGGGGAUGGAGAUUUUCCUGGAAAAGGAGACUUGGUGGCUUCCCCAAGGGCAGCACCAGAGCAGAGCUGGGAGUACCAUGAAGUGGAACUGGGGACCAGGAUUACUUAUAUUGGAAGCACUGUUUCUUUCAAGGGAACUUCAUGCAGCUCAACAAGCCUGCGGACAGCGUGGUCCUGGCCCUCCCAAACCUCAGGAGGCUGAUGCCAUGCCAGGAGAAUGGCCAUGGCAGGCAAGUGUAAGACGACAAGGAGUCCACAUCUGCAGCGGCUCCCUGGUCUCGGAUACUUGGGUCCUCACAGCUGCCCACUGUUUUGACAGGAACUCUUUGACAGACCCGAGAUCCUGGUCAGUGGUACUGGGCUCUCUGCAGCAGGAGGGGAUUGGCUUAGGGGCAGAGGAAGUAGGUGUGACCUCUGUCCACAUCCCUCAGACAUACAGCCACUACACUGAGGGCUCUGACGUGGCCCUCCUCCAGCUGACCCAAAGCCUGCCUCAGUCUCCCGUCUGCCUGCCCCAACCUGGCCACCGUUUCCCUUUUGGAGCCUCCUGCUGGGCCACUGGGUGGGGCCAAGGCACCGAGAGGGCUCCUGGGAUCCUCAGGAACCUGCGCCUACGUCUCAUAAGCCGCCCCACCUGCAACUGCCUUUACAAUCGGCUACAUUUGCGGCAGCUCUCCAAUCCAGCUCGGCAUGGGAUGCUGUGUGCCGGGGCCCAGCCUGGAGGUCAAGGUCCCUGCCAGGGAGAUUCUGGGGGCCCAGUGCUAUGUGAAGAGCCGGAUGGGCGCUGGGUUCAGGUCGGAAUCAUCAGCUUCUCCUCAAAGUGUGCCCAAGAGGACACCCCAGUGCUGCUGACUGACCUUGCCACCUAUGCCCCCUGGUUACAGGCUCAAGCCUCCAGCGCUGCCUUUCUCCACCAGAACUCUGAGGUCUUGGAGAGCAGUGAUGAGGACAGCUGCAUCUCCUGUGGUUCACUGAAGGGGAAGGACCCCCAUCCUGGCGCUCCUUCCCCAUGGCCCUGGGAUGCACAACUGAGGCACCUUGGGCAGUUUGUAUGUGGAGGGGCCCUGGUGUCUGAGGAAGUGGUGCUGACAGCCGCCCACUGCUUCAUUGGGCGCCAGAGCUUGGAGGAGUGGAGCAUAGGGUUGGGUAGGGGUAAGGAGGAAAGAGGGCUUCGCCAACUCACCCUUCAUGGUGCUUACACACACCCAGAGGGUGGUCAUGAUAUUGCAUUGCUGCUCUUGUCCCAGCCUGUCAUCUUUGGUCCCAGUCUUCGGCCCCUCUGUCUGCCCUAUGCCUCCCAUCAUCUGCCUGAAGGGGCACGGGGUUGGGCACAGGGGAGAGCCCAAAAGGGAACAGAUCUUCGCUCCUCCCUGGCAGUUCCUGUGACUCUCCUUGGCCCCAGAGCCUGCAGCACUCAUGCUGCUCCUGGGGGUGAGGGUGUCCCCAUCCUUCCAGAGAUGCUCUGUGGCAGUGCUGUGGGGGAACCUCUCCAGUGUGAGGGCUUGUCAGGAUCACCACUGGUGCAUGAUGUGAUGGGCACAUGGUUCCUGGCAGGGCUGCACAGCUUCAGUGACGCCUGUAGGGGCCCAGUCCAACCUGGGGUCUUUACUGCACUUCCUGCCUAUGAGGACUGGAUCAGCAGCCUUAAAUGGCAGGUCUAUUUUGCUGAAAAACCUGAACCUGAUCAAGAGAGCUGCCCUGCUAACCUAAGAGGUGGUCCUUCUAGCUGGUGACUGAGCUUCUCUAAGAUGCCUACAUCAUACAAGGACAGUCCAGAGGUGCCAAGGGACUUCAGAUGUGAUGGUCUUGGAGAGAGAUCAGGCCAUUCACUCCCGCUUCACAAGGACAGACCAGUGUCUUGUAUGCCUGGC